UGAAGCGGCUGAGCUGACCUGAGUUGGGCCUGCGUUACGAGGAUUGUGUCUCAGCGGGCAUUUUCUCCCUAUCAAGGACGAUCUCAAAAUGGCGGAAACUACUCUUGUUUUUUCCGCGACGAAAACUUCAUUUGAUCCUCAAGUCCAAGGAUGUUUGAUUAUUGGACAACCACGGCACCUUCAAGCUGUGUCAUUUGAUCAUUUUGCAGAAAAACUGUCGCGAAGAGUCGACUCUGAGACAUUUAAUCUUGUGCUUCACACCAUGACUGGUUCUGACGCAUAUCCAGUGUGGUUGAAUCAAGUCAUUAUCGGUGCCCUGCCUGUUGCAGCAAGUCGGCAUAACUCCCCUUCACAUCCUCAUUUCCUACACAAGCUUGUGUGUAGCCAUCUUCCUGGUGGUGAUGCUUGCAUUGUGGUUGUCUGUGAAAGGAGUGAUGCUUUUGCCUCAGCAUGUGCCAUUGCUAGGGCUUUCCCAACUUUUUCUAGAAAGUCUUCGAAGGCUAAACUGAUGCCCAAAACAGUAACGAUUGAGUUUGUUCUUGUUGGAAAAAAUGACUCACCAAUUACAAGUGAAGAUGUGGAAUGUAUGAGUGCAGUUGCAGAAAGCAUCCGUCUCAGUGCCCGAUUGGUAGAUAUGCCAUGCCAAGAUAUGCACACGAGUGCCUUUGUUCAGGAAAUAACUAAAGUUGGUGAUGAGCUUGGAAUUGUCCCAGUGAUAAUUAGAGGAGAGGAACUAAAUCAACGUGGGUUUGGUGGACUCUAUGGAGUUGGGAAAGCCGCUGUGAAUCCUCCAGCCUUAGUAGUGUUGAGUCAUACACCAAUGUCAGCCACACGCACCAUAGCUUGGGUUGGAAAAGGCAUAGUGUAUGAUACCGGAGGAUUGUGUAUAAAGGCUAAGACUUCAAUGCUCGGAAUGAAAAGAGAUUGUGGAGGAGCCGCUGGCAUUCUGGGAGCUUUCAGAGCAGCUGUCAAGCAGGGCUUUACUGAGAACCUUCAUGCUGUGUUCUGUAUGGCAGAGAAUGCUGUAGGACCUCAUGCAACGAGACCUGACGACAUAUUAACACUGUAUUCAGGAAAAACUGUUGAAGUAAACAACACUGAUGCUGAGGGACGUUUAGUACUUGGAGAUGGGGUCGCAUAUGCAAAGAAAGACCUCCAGGCCGACGUCAUUUUAGACAUGGCUACCUUGACUGGCGCCCAGGGAGUCGCAACAGGAAGAUACCACGGAGCAGUUUUAACCAACAAAGAGGUAUGGGAGCCAGCUUGUAUGACGGCAGGAAAAGCAAGUGGAGACCUGGUGUUUCCCGUGCCAUACUCUCCAGAGCUUCAUUUCUGUGAAUUUUCAAGCGCAUUAGCAGAUAUGAAGAAUUCAGUGCAGAAUCGCGAUAAUGCCCAAGUAUCCUGUGCUGGUCUUUUUAUUGGUUCCCAUUUAGGAUUUGACUACCCUGGAACAUGGUUACAUGUUGACAUGGCCGCUCCAGUUCACAUGGGAGAAAGAGCUACAGGCUACGGAGUCGCACUUUUAGUGACCUUAUUUGGAAAAGCGUCCUCUUCCAAGCUUCUUCAGAGCAUUGCACCCGACCUGCCGGCAAAGGAUUCUGGGCUCGGUUUCUGAAGAAAAUGUUGCUGUGUGUUGUAUGCAGAGAAUAAAUGCUCAGCGGACUGCUGUAAUUGCUAACUGCGCUUGAGCACUAACUAAUAUUUGAACUUGAAAUAACGGCUCUAAGUUUUAGCCCUAUGUAGCCCCUAAUGCCCAUUUUAGACGCAAACGUUCUCAUGUACCGAUUGGAACGCAUUCGUCCUUAAAAAGCUAAAUUGCUUGUACUAAUUCACUGCUCUGUUCAUGGUAAGCUCCACGUCUGAAACGGGCGCAGGGCGCAAUAUCGUUAAUCGAAUGAAAUAAAAAUAUUACUUUUCAUUGCU